AUGCUUCGCAGCGGACGCAAGCUUGCACGCGCGCCGGCCGCCGGCAAGACCCCGAAGAGAGCGAGCGCGGCUAAAACCACGCGUGGCCGCGGCAGGCGCGCGCUGCGGCGCGCGGCGCGCCGCGCCAGGAGUGGCAGCGCCAGUGCCACGGACCGCCGCCCGGUGACAGAAGAAGCGGCCGUUGAGGCGCGCGGCUACGGCCGUGGGCCCGACGCGCCGUCGCCAGGCGGGCCCCCGCCGGACUUCCUCGACGAAUACGUCCACUGGGACCUGGCAGAUGCCACGGCCAUCUCCGGGCUCGUGCACACGCAGCCCGUGCACGCGGCGCCCGCGCUCGCACCCGCGCUCGCGCUGCUGGACCGGCUCGACGAGCUCGCGUCCCGCUCCGUGUCGCCCGCGUUCUCCGCGUUCUCGGACCGGCUUCAGGACUCGCUGCCCGAGCUGCAGCUGCCGCCGCCGCCGCUCGAAGCGACCGCGCACGUGCCCAAGAACCCGCCCUUCCAGCUCCAGGAGCUCAUCGAGGUCGCGUCCCACAUCGCGGAGCCGAGCCAGCACUUCAAGCCCCGCCCCGCGCGCGCGCCGCGCGCCGCGGCCCGCUCUCCGCGCGACUCCUUUGUCUCGUAUAUUUCCCACAAGCUGUCGCGCUACUGCGGCUACCUCGCCGCCGAUUCGCACUACCACGACAAGCUCCGCCUGCAGGAGAUCACGUACCGCUUCAGCAAAACGGACUUCCGCAGGUAG